GUAUAGGCGUCAUGGCUCUUGCGCUGGGAGCGAGGGUGCACCAAGCGGUCGAGAGUUGUGCCGGAGAUCUGUGGGACCUGAGCCAGUUCCUGUGGGCCAACGCGGAGACUUCGAUGAAGGAGGCCACGGCGCACGAGAAGCUCUGCGAGUUCCUGGAGCGCAGGGGCUUCAAGGUCACCCGACGGUACGGCCUGGACACCGCCUUCAAGGCGGAGUUCACGUCUCCCGGAGGAUUCGGCGGACCUACGAUUUCCUUCAUCUGCGAAUACGACGCGCUGCCCGAGAUCGGCCACGCCUGCGGCCACAACCUGGUCGCCGAGUGUGCCGUCGGCGCUGCGAUCGCCGUCAAGGAGACGAUGAAAGAAUUCAAGAACAUUCACGGGAAGGUUGUGGUGCUGGGCACUCCGGGCCAGGAGAACUUCGGCGGCAAGGAGAUCCUCCUGCAGAAGGGCGCCUUCAAGGACACGGAGGCGGCUCUCUUGGCACACCCGGCGACCUUAGACAGCGUCAAACUGCCGCUCGCCGCCGGUCAGCAGAUCACCGGGCAGUUUCAGUGCAGCCCCCGCUUCAAGUGUCCCUGGGAAGCGGCUAGCGCUCUGGACGCCGCCGUCGGGUCCUACGUGAACAUGGCGCUCCUUCGCCAGCAGGUGAAGCCUCCCAGCAGAAUAAUGGACAGCGGAAGCAAGGUCUGA